AUGAAGCGCAAGUUGAAACCCGCCGCUGCAGCAUUGGAUCUCCUCAGGGGUCCCCAUCCAUCCGUCGAUUUUGAUGACCCGGACUGGUUGAAAGUGCCUUAUCAAGAUUCUCUUGUCCAAGAGCAGGCAAACCCCUUCGCCACAGCCGAAACGACCGACCACGAAUCUAAGGGGACCUCAGGGAAGACUCAACCGAAACCUGAAGGCUUUCGAAGCCCGUUAAUGUCACCUACCAGACCGUCAAAGAAGGAGGUGCUUCUGUAUGCUCAGCUCUCAUCUGUGUCGGCACCGAUCAUGCGGCGAUCAUCUUACGACGAAGAAAGUGAAGACAGCUACGCAAAUGACUUCAUAGAUGAAGAAGACGAAGAAGUGUCCGGGCAUGGAACGAAUGAUGCAGAGCAGGAAGAGCUAAGGGCAAGCACAGUCCGCUAG